UCGGGCUGGGUGUAAAAAGGCGCAGCUAGUAAACACCACAGAAACACAGCGCGGACAUUAAAGCCGGUAAACAUCCCCCCGGGUCCCUGUAACGCCACUCGGUGUCCUCCGGUCUCCCGUUACCGUCCGUGGUUGUCACGGAGACUGUCGGCGUCUAGAAAACACAGCCGGGGCGUUAGCUGUUAGCCACCUAGCAGCCCGCAGCUAGCCGUUAGCAUUAGCAGCAGGAGCACAAAGAUGAUCGCGUUGAUCAACAAGCUGCUGGACUGGUUCAAGGCGCUCUUCUGGAAGGAGGAGAUGGAGCUCACCCUGGUGGGGCUGCAGUACUCCGGGAAGACCACCUUCGUGAACGUGAUAGCGUCGGGGCAGUUCAGUGAAGACAUGAUUCCCACCGUUGGAUUCAACAUGAGGAAGAUCACCAAGGGCAACGUCACCAUCAAGUUGUGGGACAUCGGCGGUCAGCCUCGCUUCAGAAGCAUGUGGGAGCGUUACUGUCGGGGAGUCAGCGCUAUCGUCUACAUGGUGGACGCAGCAGAUCCAGAGAAGAUCGAAGCCUCUAAGAAUGAACUCCACAACCUGCUGGACAAACCGCAGCUGCAGGGAAUCCCUGUUUUGGUUCUGGGUAAUAAGAGGGACUUACCAGGAGCUCUGGAUGAGAAGGAACUCAUAGAGAGGAUGAAUCUGUCAGCCAUCCAGGACAGAGAGAUCUGCUGUUACUCCAUCUCCUGCAAGGAGAAAGACAACAUUGACAUCACCCUCCAGUGGUUGAUCCAGCACUCCCGGACUAAGAGGAGUUCCUGAGAGCAGACGCCCCUCCCCCAACAGAACAGGCCACGCCCACUCGAUCAACCCCACCCCC